AUGAAAAUUGGAUACCUGGUCACCCUAUCAACGAAAGUAAUUGCGUGGAAAUGGUUACCGAUGAGUCCAAUGGAGCGAAUGAACAGGGAUUAUCUGCGUAAAGUAGAUCGAUUAGAGUUUACCAAGGUACCGAUUGGUUUUAUAUACGUUCAGCUACCCGGCCAGGCUGAGCCCAAUGUUUUAUGGUCCGACUAUACGUGGUUCGAUGUGACGGCGCACUACGCGGGUCAAUUUUUCCGAGCAGAAGGCAAUGCGUUGGUUAGAUCGGAAGGCGUGUGCGGAGAUGAUUGGGACCUAUUUCACGAUGGCUACUACGAUAUAUGCUAUAGAUAUUACCCAGACUUGACAGAUGGGUAUACGACCGUGGUCAACUAUUGCCAAACACAAAACGACUCAUCGCUGCCAACAAUUAACACAAAGGAAGAGCAAGAUUUUGUCAACAAAAUGAUAACAAAAUACAAAAUAGCGGACAAUAUAUGGAUCGACGCCAGCAUUAAAAACAAGCACAUUGUAUGGGCGGACAAAACGAGCGCUGACUAUGAAAAUUGGAUACCUGGUCAUCCUAUCAACGAAAGCGAUUGCGUUGAGAUAUCCACUGACGCGUCUACCCUGGGUAAAUGGUCCGAUAGGGCUUGUACCAGGAAAAAUGGUUACAUAUGCAAACGCAUUGUGCCAUUGUCGGCGCAGCAUCGGGAGCGUUUAUUCAGGGACAAUCUGCGUGAAUUGGCUCAACUACAGCAACGCCAGGCGCCGGUGGGUUUUAUAUACGUCCAGCUGCCCGGUCAGGCUGAGCCACAAACCCUGUGGCCCUCAUACACGUGGUCGGAUGUGACGGCCCAAUACGCGGGUCAGUUCUUUCGGGCCGAGGGUGGAGGUAGUGUUGGCUUUGGUAAAGGCGUGCAGUCCGAGAAUGCACCUAGGUUGACAGAAGUACAAGAACAUGAUCAGUCCGGUACUGCCACUGACGUUAAGUUAACACCCGGUGAUUGGAGUGGUUAUAUUCAUUCGGGCGCAGGUAUGGGCACAAAUAUGUGUCUCAGGUUUUUACUGAGCGCCGGUGAAGUGCGCCCUAUCAAUCAGUCGAUGCGCAUAUUUAAGCGAACCAACUAGGUGAAUGAUUAUUUAAUGGUAUUAUAGUGACAGAUUUGAAUUGAAUUAUUAUUUCAAUAAGCUAAUGUAAUUACCACUAUCAAUAAUUUCA